AUGGGGCGUUGGAUGAAACCAGAGGUUUACCCUCUAUUGGCUGCAAUGACCUUUGUGACUGGCAUGUGUGUCUUCCAGCUAACAAGAAACUUGCUUGUGAACCCUGAUGUCAGGAUUAACAAAACUCGCCGCAAAAUGGGAGUGUUUGAUAACGAAGAAGAGGGAGAGAAAUAUGCUGAGCAUGGCCUGAGGAAGUUCCUUCGUACUCGACCACCUGAGAUUAUGCCCACCAUCAACCACUUCUUUAGCCAGGAUAAAUGA